AUGGAUUUGAAGAGGGUCCUGGACAUCGUGGAGGAGGAGGUGGUGGACGGCGACGAGGAGGAGCUCGCCUCCCCGGACGCCAAGCGCCGGCGAACGCUUCUCAACAGUAGCUCGAUGCAGGAGGCCAUUGGCGCGCAGUACAUGCAGAAGCAUCUGCCCAAGCUGGAGCCGUUUCUGCGCAGAGUUGUGCAGGAAGAAGUGCACAAUGUUCUUAUCCGCCACAUCGAUUCGGCGCACAGGAUUCCGCUUCAGUUAAAGACGAGCAGUAAAAGAUACAAGCUGCAGUUCCAGGGCAACCUGCCUCAGACCCUUUUCACGGGCAACAGGGUGGAAGCAGAGAACAAGCAGCCACUUCGAAUUGUUCUCACUGAUGCCGUCAACAACCAGCUGAUCACCUCAGGCCCCUUGUCCUCCAUGAAGAUGGAGCUCCUCGUCCUUGAUGGCGACUUCAACGCCGACGAGCGCCUUGAGCACACCGAGAAGGAGUUCAGCGAGAGCAUAGUCUUCGAGAGAGAAGGCAAGAGGCCACUGCUGUCCGGUGAGGUGGUCAUUGUGCUCGAGAAAGGCGUGGCCUCUGUCCGGGACAUCUCCUUCACGGACAACUCCAGCUGGAUCAGAAGCAGGAAGUUUAGGCUCGGCGCGAGGAUGUCUCGCGCCAGCUCCAUCGAAGAGAGGGUGCAGGAGGCUGUCAGCAACCCCUUCCUGGUGAAGGAUCACCGUGGUGAAGUUUACAAGAAGCAUCACCCUCCCGCGUUGGCUGACGACGUAUGGCGUUUGGAGAAGAUUGGGAAAGACGGUGUUUUCCACAAGAAGCUCGCUGACUUUGGCAUACACACCGUUCAGGACUUCCUCAGGAACUUGGUGAUGGAUCAAUAUGGACUGCGCGGCUUGCUCGGCAGUGGGAUGUCGAACAAAAUGUGGGAGUCAACCGUGGAGCAUGCCCGGGAGUGCGUCCUGGACGACAAGCUCUACUCCUACUGCAGCGGGCACGGGAUCAUCCUGCUCUUCAACUGCAUCCAUGAAAUCAUCGGGGUGGUGGUUGGGAGCAACUGCUUCUCCUUGAACGCCCUCACCGCGACGCAGAAGGCGCUGGUGGUGAAGUUGCAGCAAGAUGCCUACAAGUUCCCCGGCCGUAUCGUGGAAUUCAAGGUGCAGUCGCAGUGCGCCGACCAGUCGCCGACAGCGCCGGCGCCGCCGGGUCCAGCGAGCACGCAGAUCCCGGGCCUUCCUCCUCAAGGUGGCGAGGCGAACCCACAGCCACAGGACCAUGGGCUGCUGCACCAGCUGCACCUCCACGAUGCCGCCCUGGGCCUGGAGGAUGUUCUGCACCAGCACCACCGGCACCACCAUAGCGAGCCCUGGAUCACCAAUGGCUUCGACGCGACGAGGGACCCUUUCGACAUGCUGCAGUUCAGUGGGCAGUCUCAGCCGUGCGGGCUGCUGCUCUCCAGCACCGGGGCGAGGUUGUGA